AUGGCUGACAAAGAGGAGACAAAUUUGGCUGAUCUAUUAGCAAAACUUAGUGAGCAACAGCAAGCAAUUGAAAAUUUGCAGAGAACUGUCGCUGGGGGACCGGCAGAUAUGAAUCAAGCAGUCAAGCCGUCAUGGUCCUUAGGGUUAUCUGAGGAUGAAGAGGAUGAUGUUGAGAAAAUGAUUAACGGAGGUGGUAAAGAGCAGCAUGACGAGGUGGAUAAUGAGAUUGCCAUCUUAUUGGAGGACAUCGAAAAGGGUCCAGAUUAUGGUGCAGAAGUACUUCCCCAAAUUGCUGAAAGUUUUCGAAAAACCGUGGAACGUCCUUUGACGAAGGAGUCAAAAGAAAAACUAAAACUCGCUCUAAAAAUACCAAGUAACUUGAAGCAGUUUGUUCUACCCAAAACCAAUUCCGAAAUUUGGAAGAUAUUACCCUCAAAUGCUCGGGUCGUUGACAUUAAAAGCCAACAAACGCAGCGGGCCUUAGGAGAAGCCUUAUCAGCGUUAUCAAUGAUUGCCAGCACGGUCGUGGCACAUAAGACGGUCAUCCCAAAGGAGGCGACCAGCAGCAUAGUAAAACUGGCCUUAGAUGCAGGGAACAUUUUGGGAGAUCAGAUUCAGUCCCUAAAUUCAAGCCGGAGGCAAGAGGUUAAAAAACAUUUAAAUCCUGAAUAUGCGGGUAUCUGUACAAGCGAGGUUCCAAACCAAAUAUUAGAACCAAAUAAUUCUAAAUUUAGUGAAAAUGAGAAUAUUAUGAUUGAUGAUAGUAUUAGUAAGCUGUUGAGCACAGGGGCAAUAGUAAAAUCAGAAUCUGAGGCAGGUCAAUUCGUAUCAACAAUUUUUACGGUGCCUAAACCUGAUGGCUCGAGGAGGCCGAUUAUUAAUUUGCGGAAGUUGAAUGAGUAUUUAGAAUCUGUUCACUUUAAGAUGGAAAAUAUUAGGACAGCAGCGCAAUUGACUUCAAAGGGUGUUUACAUGGCCGUGAUUGACUGUCAGGACGCUUAUCAUUCGAUUCCAAUUUAUGGAGCGCAUCAAAAAUUUCUGAAAUUUAGAUGGAAAGGUCAGCUAUACAUGUAUACGGUUGUUCCAUUCGGAUUAUCAGUAGCGCCACGUUUAUACACAAAACUGAACAAACCAAUUGUGGCAUAUCUUCGAUCUCGAGGAAUAAUUGUAGUGUCGUACCUCGAUGACUUGUUAGUUUAUGGUAAUUCGUUUGAGGAAUGUGAGAGUAAUUUACAAAAGUCACUACGGUUGUUAAAGAGUUUAGGAUUUAGGAUAAAUAAGGAGAAAUCGCAACUCAUUCCAUCUCAAACGGUAAGAUAUUUAGGAUUUAUAAUUAAUUCUGCAAACAUGCGGCUGUAUUUACCACAGGAUAAGUGCGACAGAGUCGUUAGAAAGUGUUCUGAGGCAGUUUUGAGACCUCAUAUGAGCGUUAGGAAAUUAGCAGAAUUAAUUGGCACAUUAAUCUCCGCAGUCCCUGCUACUAAAUAUGGGCUGCUGUACACUAAACAAUUGGAGCAAGAAAAGGCUGCUGCCUUAGAGAAAUCUGGAAAUUGGAAUGAAACGCUCAUUCUAUCCGAAGACGCAAUUUUAGACUUAAAUUGGUGGAUCUCUAAUAUUCCAGGUUCAUUUAGUUGCUUACACCAACCAGAUCCAGACUGUAUUAUAACCACAGAUGCGUCGCCCACCGGAUGGGGGGCAUGGAUUGAAGCAAGCGAUAUUAAGACUUAUGGAUUUUGGUCUGGAGCUUCUCGGGACUUUCAUAUAAAUGUUAAGGAACUCUGGGCGAUUUUUUAUGGUGUAAAGUCAUUGGUUCAUUCAGAGAAAAUUCAUCUCCUUAUUCGUACAGAUAGUUCCACUGCUUUAGCCUACGUUAACAAGUUUGGAGGAUGUAGGUCAACGGGUGCACAUGAUGUGGCGAAGAAGCUUUGGCAAUGGGCCGAAUCAAGGGAAAUAAUUUUGUCUGCGAAUUACAUUAAUACAAAAGAUAAUUUCAUAGCCGAUAAAUUAUCCAGAAUGCCAGAGACAUUUGGUAUGCCAGAGAUAGACUUGUUCGCAUCUCAUAAUACAACUCAAUGCAGCAGAUUUUAUUCAUUUAAACCUGAUCCUUCGGGUGAAGGGGUAGACGCAUUUGCAUUUAGGUGGACAGACAACUUUUUCGCAUUUCCACCGUUUAAUCUUGUUGCAAGAGUUAUUAAUAAAAUACGUCGAGAUAAAUGCAAAGGGAUUUUGGUGGGAGGAGAAACAAGUCAAUUCGAAGCUAGCGGUGCUGGUAGCAGUAUUGUCAGGCAGGUCAUGAAAAACUUGGAUCUUCCUGUGGAAGUUUUAGAAAUAAUUAAGUCAUCAAAAUCAGACGGAACUUGGAGACAAUAUGAGUCGGCGUUAUCAAAAUGGGCUUCGUUUUAUCAGCACUGUCGUCUGUUUUUGGAAAAAUUGAUAAUUGUGCAAUUGCAUUAUGCACUGGUCAACGUGUCCAGACCCUUUGUUCCAUUAAGUUAA